AACUCUAAACUAGUUCUCUCUUUCACUACACAAAACCUUAGGCAGAGAAAACAUACAUAGAGAGAGAGAGAGAGAGAGAGACAGUGUGUGUGUGUGUCUACCUGAAAUGGUUCCCAAGUACGGUGUUGAAGUGGACGAUGGUGGGACUGGGCGCGGAACUAGGCCUAAAUGAACAGCACCCACCUUUUGAAACUCGAAGCAAAUUUUGGGAGUAACCUUCUUUCAACUUGUUAUGUUUUCGGUGGAGUUCCUUUCAUUUUGCGUUUAGAGAGUCAUGGGGUUUCUUGGUUUUGGGUCUAUAACUGUCUUAGCUGUUUAUAUGGAUUCCAACCUUCUCAGUGGUGCAAAUGGUACAGUCACUUGCUUUGUGAACUAACCCUUUGUAAACUCAUUCUAAUGCUUUUGAUUUUUGGUAUUUGAUUGUGUUGAAUUCAAUACUAUUGUUUUCCAUAGAACAUGAUUAAGUUACAAGUCCUUUCAUAUGAAUUCUGAAGGUUUAAUUUAAUCUAAAGGAAUGAUUCGUAUUAUUCUUCCAACUAAUAAAAGUAAUUAAGCUGCUGUGGUUUAUUUGAUAUCCAGAAAUUAUAAAUUGUUUGGUGGUUGAUAAGUAUCAUUCUUUUCCGUGGACAAGUUUGAUCCCUCCUUAUUUCUCUCUCUGUCUCUUCCAAAGCUCAAUUAGAGACUGUGAGACUUGAACCUUUUUUUUUAGAUUUUUAUUUAUUUGUUUAUUUUUUAAUUUGACUUGCAGAAAACCUAUAGUUAGUGUUGCAAUAGCUGCCUUACCAAGUGACUUUUAUGUUGGGUGCUAGAAGCAGCAAUAUUGACUUGCACGCAUCUCUAUAUGUGUGGAAGGAAUCUUAAGUAAACUAUUAGUUAUCAGUUUUUUUUAAAAUAGUUUUCUAGUUUUGUUCAGUCAAAACACAGUGAUCCCUUUUUAGAUUUCAUUUCUUUCUUGUGCGCUUAAGAUACGGAUUCAUCAAAAGUAGUUCAUUAAUUCAAUUUAAGUCCCUGCCUUUCUCUUGCCUCGUGAAUCAGGAUGCAAUAUUUUCAAAAUAUUGUUCAAAAGAAAUGAUCCGGUAAUGGAAGCUCUUUUGACUUUUGGCAAUGGCAAUUGUGUUUCUAAUUCGAUUUAGUUCUCUCAGACAGGUUAUCUGAUUGCUUCCCUCUUGCUGUGAAUCAAGGAGCAUAAAGUAUGUGUUUGAUUGGUUAUUUCUGUUGAAAUGCACUCCUGAUUUCAACUCUGAAAUUUUAUUGAUCCCAGAUAUUAACCAAUCUUCCUUGGUACCAGAUAGACCUUAUAGAAUGUUUGGCUUCAUGUGGGGCAAAUCUCCUUUGGCAAUAUGGCUUCCAAGUUCCAAUAUUAGAAGAGACAAAUUUAUUAACUAUCUGGAAUUUACUUAUGUUUGAAGAUUCAGUUGUAUUGGGCAAAUCUCCUUUGGCAAAAAUUACUUAAUUUACUUUGGUUGGAUUCCUGGAAGUAAAAAAUAUAUGAAAAUAACUUUUGUCAUCUUCUAUAAAAAUAUUACCAUUCUGAAGUUCUUCCGCUAGGAACUCUACAUUUUCACUAGGGCAAAUCUCCUUUGGCAUCUUUUGAUUAUCUUGUUCUGCUUCCUCCAACUUCUAUAGUUUUUUCUUCCACGAAAACCCCCCUCCCCACCCCCAAAAUAAAAAUAAAAAUUCAUCUCAUAUUUGUAGCUCCUGGAUACUAGUUUUGGAAAUCUCUCUCAAGAAUUUCUAUCUGUGGAAAUUCCAGUCCUAAUUGGGCAAAUCUCCUUUGGCAUUUUGGAGUCCUUGUUCGACUCCUGUUAUCCUAUCGGGCAAAUCUUCUUUGGCAUCAAGUUUCCAGUUUCGGUGGUCAAGAUAAUCUAUUUAAGAAACUGGCUUCUUACUAUCUGUGACAAACAGCAGUAUCAGACACAUUUUGUAUUGUAAACAAAUAUCCUUUGAAGUCUAUGUUGGUGCACCUGUUGUGGAUCGCGAUACAUACUGACACCGGAGUUUAAUGCUUCUAUUUUCUUGAGAAGGCAUCUAGUUGAUGGAUGCACACAUUAGUGAUUUGGACUGGGAGACUUCCAGUCAGAGCAGCAGCAGUGAUGAUCAAGAGGAUAUUGAUUUUCUAUAUGGUGGGCAAGCUAGGAGCAUAUUAUCAAGUUUAGAGGAAAGCAUUGGGAAGAUUGAUGAUUUUCUCUCAUUUGAGAGGGCAUUUGUUCAUGGGGAUGUGGUAUGCUCCUUGUCAGACCCAUCUGGACAGAUGGGCAGGGUCAUAAGUGUUGAUGUGUUAGUUGAUUUGGAAAAUGUUCAAGGAAGCAUAUUAAAAAAUGUCAACUCCAAGAAACUUCUGAAGAUUCGCUCCAUUUCAGAAGGUGACUAUGUAAUCAAGGGGCCAUGGCUUGGCCAGGUUCAAAUGGUGGUGGACAGAGUAACUGUAUUGUUUGAUGAUGGAACUAAAUGUGAGAUCAUUACCUUGGAAAAGGAUAAGCUUUUACCUCUGACCCAUAAUUUUCUUGAAGAUUCACAGUAUCCAUACUAUCCAGGGCAGAGAGUAAAGGUGAAGUCGUCCACUGCUUCUAAAUCAGCUAGAUGGUUAUGUGGUACUUGGAGAGACAAUCAUGAUAAAGGAACUGUUUGUGCUGUGGAAGCAGGUUUGGUGUGUGUUAACUGGCUUGUCUCUGUUCUUUUGGGUUCCAACUUGAACGUGAGUGCUCCUCCAUGUUGGCAAGAUUCCAAAAACUUGACCUUGUUGUCGUGUUUUUCAUAUGCAAACUGGCAACUUGGUGACUGGUGCAUGCUCCCAGUUGCAGACCAAAAGGAACAGAUGAUUCAAGAUGCAUCCACUGGCGACCUUUCUCAUGAGCAUAGGAUGGCUAGAGGAUAUAAGAAAAGAAACAUCAAUUCUAACAUUGGGGAAUUAUUUAUAAUUGGGAAGAUAAAGACCAAAGUUGAUAUUGUUUGGCAAAAUGGUGAACAUACUUUGGGAUUAGAUCCACAGAAUUUAGUUCCAGUGAAUGUCAUAAACACUCAUGAAUUUUGGCCUCAGCAGUUCGUCCUGGAAAAAGAUGCUUCUGAUGAUCCUCUUAAGCCUAGAAAUCAAAGAUGGGGUGUUGUUCAAUCCGUGGAUGCAAAAGAGCAUACUGUAAAGGUACAAUGGAGAACUGGUCCCAUAUCUGAGCCAGAUAAUUUGGCUGGAGAUACAGUGAUGGAAACUGUGAGUGCCUACGAACUUGUUGAGCACCCAGAUUAUUCCUGUUGUUUUGGUGAUAUUGUGUUCAAGGCGGCUCAAAAACAGCUUGGUUACCAAGCUGAUAAAGAUAAUGCAAAGUCAGUGUCUGACUUGAAUGCAGAGGCUCCUCUGAGAAACUGGGACCAAAUCAGUUAUCAGAAUAAGUCCCAAGAUAACUGUUACCUGUCCUGUAUUGGCAAUGUUACUGGUUUCAAAGAUGGUGACGUGGAGGUGAAAUGGGCUACUGGUUUAACAACCCAGGUUGCACCUUAUGAAAUUUUUCGGAUUGAUAAACAUGAAGGUUCAACUGCAACCCCUGUUCCUUAUGAAGCAAAUGUUGAGGAGUUGACUCAAGAUAUGAUUGAACAUGGAGAUCCACCUUCUGAUGAGAAAGGAAAGGACUUGUUAGAUUGUAAUGGUGAUAGAGAUAAUUGCAAAAAGCAUCCAGGAGAGAGUAGUUACUUUUCCCUUCCUCAAGCCGCCUUUGAACUUUUCGCCAGCAUUAAAGCCAGUAUAUUCCAAACACUUGGUGUAACAUCACUUUCUGGAGCAGUUUGCUCGGUCCCUACGUUUGAAGAGGGAAAUGGAUCUGAUUUUCUUGAUAAGAAAAAUUCGGAAACUUGUGGCUCCUGCACUGAAUCACAUCCAGUGAGCAGGUUGCUGUCCACUGAAGACAAAACUCCAGAUUGUGAAGUUAUUAGUAUUCAUGAGAGGAACGAUUUUCCUGUUUCUUCAAACAGCAACAUUUCAGAUCAUUUGAAGCAGUUUGAUGUAAUUGAUAGUUGCUCAGACCACCACUUUUUUGACGAGGGAAAAGGGUUGCCAUUAUCUCAGGUCGAAAAAGGAUGGGCAAAAAAGGUUCAGCAAGAAUGGAGCAUCCUGGAGAAAAAUCUUCCUGAAACUAUUUUUGUCCGUGUUAUUGAAGAAAGAAUGGAUCUCAUGCGAGCAGCCAUUGUCGGAGCGCCUGGCACACCUUAUCAUGAUGGGUUGUUUUUCUUUGAUAUAUGCUUCCCUCCAGAGUAUCCCAGUGAGCCACCUAUGGUGCACUACAUUUCUGGUGGGCUUCGAUUAAAUCCUAAUUUGUACGAGUCAGGAAAAGUCUGUCUGAGUCUCCUAAAUACGUGGACUGGCACAACCACUGAAGUGUGGAACCCUGGAGCCUCCACAAUUCUUCAAGUCCUUCUCUCUCUGCAGGCUCUUGUCCUGAAUGAGAAGCCUUAUUUCAACGAGGCAGGAUAUGAUCAACAAAUCGGAAGAGCUGAAGGAGAGAGAAACUCAGUGAGCUACAAUGAGAAUGCUUUCCUUGUCACCUGCAAAUCCAUGUUGUAUCUAUUAAGGAAGCCACCCAAGCAUUUUGAGGCAUUGGUGGAAGAGCACUUUAGACAGAGCUCAGAACAUAUACUUCUUGCUUGUAAGGCAUAUCUUGAAGGAGCUCCCAUUGGAUAUGCUUUUGGAAGUGGAAAAACUGAACAUGAAAACCAGAAGGGAACUUCUACAGGAUUUAAAAUUAUGCUGGCUAAGCUCUUCCCCAAGCUUGUUGAGGCAUUUUCUGAUAAGGGAAUUGAUUGCAGCCAGUUUAUUGAGAUGCAUAAUUAACUGUUCUAUGAAGUUGUGAGUAAACCGUCCAGCUUCCUUUAUGGAUAUUCCAACCUUAUGUAUGAUAUUAAUGUGUUUCCAGGUAUCUGUAUAAUAUCAAAUGUGUGCUUGAUAAAACACCAAUAUCUCCCAAAAAAAUAAAAUAAUGUGUUGGAGAUGUACUAAUAAGAGAAACCUUGAACCCUUGUGGUAUGUGUAUGUAUCACAUACAAUGGCUUGCAGAUGUGAAAUAUAUGAAAUAAGAAACACAAUGAUUGGAUAUUUGCUUGAUGUGUAUUUUCAUCUAUUUGAUAAUGAUUUAUAAAUGUUGUUAUCACGUGCAAAGGAAGGUGUUGGGGAGUUUGGUGAAGGUGUCACUAAUUACUUGAUAGCCAUUAUGGUGGCUUUUAGAGGAAUUAAAAAUGUUUCUUUCCAGUUUGCAAUAAUAAACAACUUGUAUUUUAUUUAAUUUGUUUUUCCACUUAUGUAUUCUAACUCUAGUUAGUUACCAUAGUUAAAUAUUAGGUGAAGUAGUCAGUUGUAUAGUUAGUUCACUUUACCUUUGUUUCACUA